GUCACAUGGGUCCAAGAUGGCCGCGCCCUGCGAGUGACAGUUGCAGACGGAGCCUGAGCGGGGUUGAAGUGUCAGUCGGAGAGGUGCACGUCUCAGUUGACGCCUUCUAAAAGGAAGCUCGUCUGUUCCUCGGGUUGGCCGACAUGAGCAAGGGCGAAUUAAUCCUAAUGAAUAUGACUGAUGUUCCUCCCAGCCCUGAAGACUUCCCUCAACUCCAGAAUGACACAUUCCUACGAGCAGCUCGAGGUGAACAAACCGAGCAUGUCCCCGUCUGGUGUAUGAGACAGGCCGGAAGAUACCUACCCGAGUUUCGCGAGUUCAGGGCAGGGAAGGACUUUUUUGAAACGUGCCGCUCACCAGACGCCUGCUGUGAGCUCACACUGCAGCCUCUUAGGCGUUUUCCAUUUGAUGCUGCCAUCAUCUUUUCUGACAUCCUUGUUGUGCCACAGGCAAUGGGUAUGGAUGUCCAGAUGGUGCCAGGCAAAGGUCCGACAUUCCCAGAGCCCCUGAAGGAGCCAGAAGACCUGCAGCGUCUACGUGUGAAAGUAGACGUAGCCAAAGAACUGGGUUACGUUUUCCAAGCCAUCACACUGACCAGACACAAGAUUGAGGGCAAAGUGCCACUGAUAGGAUUCACUGGAGCACCGUGGACGCUCAUGUCUUAUAUGAUAGAAGGUGGCGGUUCCAACACCCACUCGAAGGCGAAGCGUUGGCUGUAUCGACAUCCCGAGGCCAGCCACGUGCUGUUGAAGAUGCUCACGGAUGUUAUUGUCGAGUAUCUGCUGGGCCAGGUGGCAGCUGGAGCCCAGGCUCUGCAGGUCUUCGAGUCCCACGCCGGCAUCUUGGGGCCGGUGGAGUUUCAAACUUUCUCUCUCCCUUACCUUCACGACAUUGCUCGCCGUGUCAAAGAGAAACUCAAGGAGGCGCGACAGGAAGUUCCCAUGAUCGUUUUUGCAAAAGAUGCUCAUUAUGCACUUGAAGCUCUGUCUCAGUCUCAUUUCCAAGUGGUCGGGCUUGACUGGACCAUUGACCCCCACUCAGCACGGGAGCAGACAGGAGGAAAGGUUAGCCUUCAGGGAAACAUGGACCCAUGUGCGCUUUAUGCUCCCAAGGAGCGUAUCUCAGACAUCGUGAGGAACAUGCUGGAAGGGUUUGGCACCAGAGGCUAUAUUGCCAAUCUGGGCCACGGUCUUUAUCCCGAUAUGGACCCGGAGAAUGUGGGCGCCUUCGUGGAAGCUGUACAUCAACACUCAAAACAGAUGGUCAAGCAAAUCUAGACGGGGAUCUAGAAAAUGAUCAAGAAUGUAUAAUGUUGGAUCGAUCUUAUUUUGCUAGAAUCCUAAGUAAAUAAACAGAAAAAUGAACAACAUUAAUUAUUUGACUUCAUACAGUUUUAAUGAAUUUGCCUUUGUAUACCACCCCAUCCUAUUACAACCCCAAUUCCAAUGAAGUUGGGACGUCGUGUUAAACAUAAAUCAAAACCGAAAACAAUGAUUUGCAAAUCGUGUUUGACCUAUAUUUCCUUGAAUACACUACAAAGGCAAGAUAUUUCAUGUACAAACUGAAAAACUUGAUUGUUUUUAGAAAAUAAUCAUUUUCGCCUUCCCAUGAGGAAGCAAGAGUGUGGGUUCUCUGAGGCGGGCUCUCCUAUCUCUGGGGUUGAGGUCACCGAGGUGGUCCAAAAGCUCCACGGUGGCAAGGCCCCGGGGGUCGAAGAGAUUCGCUGGGAGUUCCUAAAGGCGUGAGCCGAGAUUCCAACCCAGAACUAGAAGACAAUGACGCAGACGUAGGCUACUCUCUACUUUUCCUCCUGUUCUGUCAUUUGAAACGGUUAGAAAUUAAAUGUUUUUGGGAAACUAUUUGUUCGUUGGGGUGUUAAAAGGAAAAUAAUUUCACUUCAACUGUAUGCACUUUUAACACACACUACUGAGGCAAGCAAAAGGCUCGCAAUAUCUUUCCUGGUCAGAAUGCAGCGUGUACAUUAAGUCACCGUCUCCCCACCCAAUGUAGCUUUUGAGUAUCAACAAAUGGCUUCCGAAAACAAGAUUUUCUAUUAAUCUCAAAUGUAUCAAUCUGGUGGGAGUGGAUUAUGUCUUUGGAUUUUGAACGGGAUGACCUCAUUCCUGCAAGUAUGCGUACAUGACAAACACAUUGAUGUUUUAAGGCAUGACAUCUGUAUUAAUGUACUUUUCCAAGUACAAUCGAGUGCUGGGAAAUACAAGUGGAGAUGAAGCUUUAAACUGUAACAGAUUUAAUCAAAGCGCAUCAUCUUAAAAGCAGCUUUAGGGGGAAAAUGCAAGGUGGGGCAUAUAGCUUCAGCAAGGGAAUUGUCACUGUGGAAUCAGGUUUUAUGGGGAGGUGGAACAGAGCACUGAACCCAGCAUCAAUUGUAUUUAUUUUGUUACUGCAUGUGUGGUUACGUUUGGAAUGUAUUUGGUGGUCUGCAAUCCACUGAACACGCACGUGGAUAAAGUAUAUUAGACAUGCUUCUUAAGUUUAAUUUCUAUGGUGUUUUAAUAGUGUGAGAUGUCAACAUUAAUAACUAUAUUAAAGGUCCCGUAUUUUGGCUAUUUAGAAGUCCAUAGAGUGUCAAUUUAAUUUCAAACAAUCCCCUUGGUUUUGUCAUAGCCCAGAAAAGGCCCCUUUGACAGUUACUUCUGUUUGACCCAGUUUUGUAUCCGCUUUCUCCAUAUGCCCCCCUUCGUCUGAUGGGUUGCCUCCGUGUAGAAGACCCACUUGUGAGAGCACUUGUUAUGGCGACAGCCCUGGCUCGGGAGCAGAGAGGUAGGCGAAGGUCUUCGCUAGUCAUGUGUAAAUUUAAGAAAUUCAAACGAUCCUAUUUCAGGCCUCUCAGCAGAAAAAUGUCUAACUCAGGAAUGCGUAGACAAUUUUCAUAUUUCACGUUUACUGGAGCACCAUAGAGAGAGUAUUACAUCCCAAAUGCUAUAAAAAGUUGAUUUGGCAAAAGAUGUCCCCUUUAACUGUACUGUAUGUUCCUCGUAAAAGUGGUGCAUGAGGUUUUCAGAGAAAUCUGUCCCAUUAAUUCCCACAGAAUGCGCUUCUCAACUUGCCCUUCACAUCACACGACUUUCAUCGAUUCUCUAAUCUAUUUACAUUUCAUCAAACACUGCUAUUUCAUAAUAUAGUACGAUGACAUUCCAGCUAAAUUGGAGUCCUGCUGACACACACUCCACAAACACAAAACACAUGCAACAGGCAUUUUUUUUAUUUUAU